CGUGAUCCACUCUCCACCCUCCAUAUAAAAGUUUCAGUGAAACGCCGAUUCUAUUUUGGGUAGCCACGCGAGUGAGGUAUUAUACUUCCUAGGGUUUCUGCUCUUCAAACCCAUCCAAAAUGACCAAGAGGACCAAGAAGGCUGGUAUUGUUGGGAAGUAUGGCACCCGUUAUGGUGCUAGUCUGCGGAAGCAGAUUAAGAAGAUGGAGGUCAGUCAGCACAGCAAGUUCUUCUGUGAAUUCUGUGGGAAGUAUGCAGUGAAGAGAAAGGCUGUGGGUAUCUGGGGAUGCAAAGACUGUGGCAAAGUGAAAGCUGGUGGUGCUUACACCUUGAAUACUGCAAGUGCCGUUACCGUCAGAAGCACCAUUCGUCGUCUAAGAGAGCAGACUGAGAGUUAAUUUUCUCGCUGUUGUCUUAUGAUUGUUUUGGCAUGUGGAUCUUAAUGUAAUUUUGGUUGGAUUCGUUUAAUAUCAUCAGAUUUUCAGUUUA